GAGAGAGACAGUGAGAAGAGAGAGAGAGGCUGUGUGUGUGUGUUUACGGGAGAGAGAGACAGUGAGAAGAGAGAGAGAGAGGCUGUGUGUGUGUUUACGGGAGAGAGACAGUGAGAAGAGAGAGAGGGGCUGUGUGUGUGUGUUUACGGGAGAGAGAGACCGUGAGAAGAGAGAGAGAGGCUGUGUGUGUGUGUUUACGGGAGAGAGACAGUGAGAAGAGAGAGAGAGGCUGUGUGUGUGUGUUUACGGGAGAGAGAGACCGUGAGAAGAGAGAGAGAGGCUGUGUGUGGGACCAGGAGGACAGAACUGAAGUCACAGCUGAAUUCACUGACAGUUCCCCGCGGGGCCACCCUGUCCUGUAACCAAUGGCAACGUCGGUCCAAACCCUUCCUCUGACCCGCAACCCCAGCAAGACAUUCCGUGAUCCCAUCUCGACCCCUACCCGGUCCACAGCCCUAUUGGACCGGUUCAGUAUGGGUAGUGUAGGCAGCCUAGUGGAGCGCCCAGACGCGUCCCCAGCUAAAGGCAGCCGGGCCGUGCCCCAGGUGGGACCCAGGCAGACCAACAGGAUAUUAAAGAAAGGCUUCAACCAGAGAGAGUUGCUCAACUACCUCAACAUCACCAGGAAAGAGGCCAAAGCGGGUAGUGGCCCAGGCAGCAGUAGGAAGGACAUCUUCUCCAGCAUGCAGUCCAUGAAGAGAGAGCAUGGACAUGAGGAGGAACACAUCAAGAUCUACCACAAAGACAGAACUGAGGUGGACGUGUCAAAGAACUCACUGCCCAUGAGAGGGAAAUAUGACAAGUCUCUUCUCAGGCCGUCUGCCUUCAAGCCUGUCACACCCAAGAACUUCAGUUCCAUGCAGAACCUCUACCCUGCUAAGAUGGAGGACUCAGACCAGGGCCUGUCCAAUGGGCUCCACCGGGCCUACGCACACACACCUAGAGCUGUCUCCACCUCCUCUUCCUCCUCCUCACCCUCCCGCCAUGGAGGACCCACCUCCAGCGGAACCAAGGCGGUGGCCUCAGUGCGUGGUCUGAGUCAGGAGGAUGAGAACCUGUCAGACUCUGGUCAUAACUCCAUGAACAGUCUUCCUCCAUACAGACCUCCCUUCAGACCACAGCUGGCUCACAUCAGUGCCUCCAUGAGCCACAUCAACACCAUUGGCUCUCUGGACCGAGCAUCAAAGGUUGCGGGGUCGUCGGGGGUUGCUAUGACGGAGAUGGCCAUGUCGUGUCGUAGCAUGGCAACGCUCAGCCGCCUGGCGCCAUACGGAGGGGAGGCUCCGCCCCCUUACGAACUGUCGUUCUCCGUAGAGGAGGUGGUGCGUGAUCUGGAGGAGAGGCUGGUGGAGAAGGAACACGAGCUGAAACAGAUGAGGAGGAACCUGGAUGAGAGUGAAGGAGCCAUUGCACAGGUGUUUGAAGGUAAACAGCGUCUGUGGGAGAAGGAGUUGGAGGAGUUGAAGCAUCUGUACGCCGCCAAGCUGCGUCAGGUUUCCCAGCAUGCUCAGCAUUCCCAGCAUGCACUGCAGCUGCAGCUGCACAAGGCCCAGCAGGAGAAGAACAGGCUGCAGGAUGAACUGGAAGCUCUGGAAGGGGGGAGACAGAGAGAGGGUCAGGGCAGUCUGAAGGGAACCAGCCCUACUCUGGAGGAGACUCAGUGGCAGGUGUGUCAGAAGUCGGGUGAGAUCUCGUUGUUGAAGCAACAGCUGCGUGAUUCCCAGGCGGAGGUGACCAGCAAGCUGUCAGAGCUGUUCCAGCUGAAGACCCAGCUGAGAGAGACCAGAGGAGAGCUGCAGAGCCGUGAUGGACAGAUAGACACGCUGCAGACAGCCCUACAGGGGGCGCAACUUCAACAACUGGAGAAAGGUGGAGCAGAGGAGAGUGGAACACGAGAGUCUGGAGGAUCAGGAGGGGCAUCAGGUCCUACAGAGGAGCGUCUGCGAGCAGAGCUGUUGUUAGAGCGUUGUCAGAGCGAGGCCCAGGCUACGGCCUUCGAGCAGGAGAGACAGACGUGGCAGACAGAGAAGGAGAAAGUCAUCUGCUACCAGAGAGAGCUGCAGGCCAGCUACCUGGACAUGUACCACCACAACCAACUACUGGAGAGAGAACUAUACCUGCUCAGAGGAGGAGGAGGAACACUGGAGAGAGAACUAUACCUGCUCAGAGGAAGAGGAGGAGGAGGAACACUGGAGAGGGAACUGCAAGAUGUGAGGGGAGGAAGAGGAGAAGGAGGAGGGCGAGAGAUGGGAGACUACAGUAACGAGUCACUGGAGAGGGAAGUGCAGGAGGUGAGGAGAGGAAGAGGAGGAGGAGAGAGAGAAAGAGGAGAGGAAGACAUCAUACCUCCUCCUGGUCUUCCCUGGAUAGAGAGGAUAGAGUCGUCUGAGAUUUGACUGAGUGGACACUAGAUGGGGGGCCCAUUCCAAACCAAACACUCAACCCCUCUUCCUAUCUCCUUGAUGAAUACUCAGGCUUCUUACAGACUUUAAAGGACAGGAGGGCCCCAUUCCAAACCAAAUCCUCACCCCUUAUCUUUAUUUCCUUGUGGAUGGCCCAGUUCCAAUUCCAAAACAACACUGCACUCCUAUACCUGUGUAAACUAGACUGAAUAGUGUGCAUAUAUAAUCAGCAAUACAAUGAUACCCUCUCUGGUACUGUUUUUUGGAAGUUCCACUUCCUACUUCCUGUUUCAAUCCACCAAUAAAUGACAACUUCCUGUUUCAGUCCACCAAUCAAUGACAGCGUAUUAGAGUCGAGAACACUUUACAAUCCUUCAAGCACGACACCGACUAAACCUCACUUUAGAGGGCUGCUUGUAUGUACAAAGGAUAAUAAUAAUAAUAAUAAUAAUAAUAAACCUAUUUGUAAAUGUUACUUAUUCAAAUUUUGUCCUGUGUGUAUAUAAUCAAACCAGUGUGUUUGAUAGUUCCGAUCCGCACAGCCGUUCUGUGGGCUUGAAGUUCAAACACUGACUGGGGGAAAGUAAGGGUAGGUAUGCGUCCCAAAUGGCACCCUAUACCCUGUAUAGUGCACUACUUUUGACCAGGACCAUUGGGGCUCUUGUCAAAAGUAGUGCACUACAUAGGAAAUAGGGAGCCGUUUCAGAUGCAACCUAGAACGUUGUCCAAAGGAUCUAAAGGGAUUUGGGUUUUGUCCCGGUGAGGUGAGGUACGGUCAUUGUCACUGGAUAAUAAGUAUGUAGUGUGUAGAGUAGGCCUAAUGUAAAUGACAUGAACAUCUCUCUUCAUUCAGGGAGCGUCCAGGGAGCUGGGCUCAGAGGAGAAACACAACAUCACUCCACCAUCAGAGGCCAACACACGGAUGCUGCUGCUCUGCCAUUAACAACAAGGGGAAUUGUAGUCUUGUUUUUGUUGUUGGAAAAUGACCCUUUAAGAAAACCUGUAAUACUGUAGUGAUACUGUAUUCAGGACAUUUAAUGGAAUUUAUAUUUAAAUUUAUAUUUAUUGUCAUGUGAUUCUAUUUUCUGUCCCCAAAUCACUAUAUUGUGAUCUGUAUAUAGUUGUUAGUUAGAUAUACUAAUGCUGCAGAAGCAUGUACUCUUUGAGGAAAUAGCCUGAAUAGACUGAUAUUACAGCGCUGGCCGUUAUUCUGCAUCCCAUUGGACUAAUUACUGAUCAUCUAUUGUUGCUGUCGGAGAAAAAACCUCAUCACCUUAAACGGAUACUUUUCAGCAAAUGGAAGAAAAUUGCCAUACUUUCCCCAUUAACAAACAUACAAUUACAUAACUUUUCUCAAGUUAUUUUGAAUACAUUUUAUUGGUCCUAGAUUCAUUAAAUAUUCAGAGUUCAUUGACGGGAGUUACUGCUUUCAAUACAUGUUAAAAUAUAUAUAUAUAUAUAUAUAUAUGGCAAAAAUAGUUUUUCAUCUGACAGCAACGUUUUGUUUAGGGAAAAAUAAAUACUGUACUGUGACUUGUGUUAAACCACUGGAGUUAAAUAAAUAUAUAUAUAUAUAUAUAUAAAUAUUAUAUAUGUUGGUUCUACAUUUCUAUAAUAAACAUGUAUCAAGUGGUGGGAGAGUUUCUUUGAGGGCUAUUUGUUUUACGUUAGCAGUUGCCUAAGUAAUAAAAACAGGCGGCAGGGUGGCCUAGUGGUUAGAGUGUAGAGGGGGUAGGGUAGCCUAGUGGUUAGAGUGUAGAGGCUGUAGGGUAGCCUAGUGGUUAGAGUGUAGAGGCUGUAGGGUAGCCUAGUGGUUAGAGUGUAGAGGGGGUAGGGUGGCCUAGGGGUUAGAGUGUAGAGGGGGUAGGGUAGCCUAGUGGUUAGAGUGUAUAGGCUGUAGGGUAGCCUAGUGGUUAGAGUGUAGAGGCUGUAGGGUAGCCUAGUGGUUAGAGUGUAGAGGGGGUAGGGUGGCCUAGUGGUUAGAGUGUAGAGGGGGUAGGGUAGCCUAGUGGUUAGAGUGUAGAGGCUGUAGGGUAGCCUAGUGGUUAGAGUGUAGAGGCUGUAGGGUAGCCUAGUGGUUAGAGUGUAGAGGGCGUAGGGUAGCCUAGUGGUUAGAGUGUAGAGGCUGUAGGGUAGCCUAGUGGUUAGAGUGUAGAGGCUGUAGGGUAGCCUAGUGGUUAGAGUGUAGAGGCUGUAGGGUACCUAGUGGUUAGAGUGUAGAGGGGGUAGGGUGGCCUAGUGGUUAGAGUGUAGAGGGGGUAGGGUAGCCUAGUGGUUAGAGUGUAGAGGCUGUAGGGUAGCCUAGUGGUUAGAGUGUAGAGGCUGUAGGGUAGCCUAGUGGUUAGAGUGUAGAGGGCGUAGGGUAGCCUAGUGGUUAGAGUGUAGAGGCUGUAGGGUAGCCUAGUGGUUAGAGUGUAGAGGCUGUAGGGUAGCCUAGUGGUUAGAGUGUAGAGGCUGUAGGGUAGCCUAGUGGUUAGAGUGUAGAGGCUGUAGGGUAGCCUAGUGGUUAGAGUGUAGAGGCUGUAGGGUAGCCUAGUGGUUAGAGUGUAGAGGGGGUAGGGUAGCCUAGUGGUUAGAGUGUAGAGGGGGUAGGGUAGCCUAGUGGUUAGAGUGUAGAGGGGGUAGGGUAGCCUAGUGGUUAGAGUGUAGAGGCUGUAGGGUAGCCUAGUGGUUAGAGUGUAGAGGGCGUAGGGUGGCCUAGUGGUUAGAGUGUAGAGGCUGUAGGGUAGCCUAGUGGUUAGAGUGUAGAGGCUGUAGGGUAGCCUAGUGGUUAGAGCGUUGGACUAGUAACCAGAAGGUUGUGAGUUCAAACCUCCGAGCUGACAAGGUACAAAUCUGUCGUUCUGCCCCUGAACAGGCAGUUAACCCACUGUUCCCGGGCUGUCAUUGAAAAUAAGAAUUUGUUCUUAACUGACUUGCCUGGUUAAAUAAAAAGUACAACCUGUA